AUGGCCUCAAUAUCCGCCACCAUCGCUGCGCUGCUCCCUUCGAUCGCGGCGUGGAGCGAUUUGACACCGUCACCGCAAUGCCAGGCCCAGAUGGACACCUGGUGCAACAAUGUGGACCACUGUGCAAAGGUCGGAAUAGGAGGAGAACCGUAUUUCGCCCGGCUUGACAUGGAUGGGAAGGAUGCAGGGAAGGAAUGGCGCUGCUAUCCUGCCUCCACUCUGAACCUUGAUCACAGCUACUACGUUGGUCCAGGUAUUGAAUGGGAAAGCGGCAUCUGCAGCCGAGACGCACAGUUGCGAGCUGUACUGGCGGCAUGCUCAGCUGACAUAUUUGUGACCACCGUCUUCAAAGGUGGCACUGAGGGCUGCGUGAUGUACCGUACGCCCUCCUUGGUGCGUGUUGAGAACGGCACCCUCUUGGCAUUCACACAAUGCAGACAGCAGAGCCACGGUGACACGAGCCCGCAAUCUCUCCACUUGAAGCGAUCGCACGACAAUGGUCAGACUUGGGGGCCCACCACGAUCUUGCCAUUCGCAGCCAACGAGGACUUCUCGCAGCAGCAUCGUGCAAGCACGCUCUAUGACACGACGACCGGUACUAUCUUCCUUUUCGACGACGCCCGACCCAUCGGCUCCUCGGACACCUGCGAAGUCCAGAUCUGGCGCACGGAGGACCUGGGCGAGACCUGGGCAUCGGUCCAGAACCUCACCGACGACGCGGCAAAUCUCACCGGCAGCGCGCUGGCCACCGGGAUCCGGCUGCCGAGCGGCAAGCUCCUGAUCUGCAUGCGCGCGGGCUGCAACGGGAGGGAGAGCCCGAACGGCGACCACGCGCUCUGGAGCGAGGACGGGGGGGUCACCUGGACCGCGGGAGGACGGAUGUCCGAUGACGGUGCCAGAUUGCACGGCUGGCCAACGGCAGCCUCCUCGCCAUCAGCCGCUCCUCCGCGUGGGCGCCCUCGAAGCUCGCCUCACUCUCCCCCGACGCGGGCCGCUCCUGGAGCGCGGCGCGGGUGGUGCCGCAGCUCUCGGGCUACGCCGUGGCGUUCUCCUCGCUCCUGGGCCGCAGGCCGCAGCAACCUCACCGUGCGGCGCUCGCGGGACGGCGGCGAGACCUGGCCCGAGGGCGACGCCGUGCAGAUCUGGGAGGGGCCCAGCGCCUACAGCUGCCUCGGCUCCACCGCGGACGGCGCGCUGGCCGUGCUCUGGGAGAAGGACGGCGCGGACCUCGGCUUCGCGAAGACGUUCUCCUUCGCCAGUGCUCCGGAGGCGGUGGUCUGA